AUGUCCACCCCCGUCCCCCCAGGCCACCCCGACUUCGACCCCGCCGAAAACAAACGGCGCAUGGAAGCCGGCGAGCUCUACUACGCCUUCCACCCCGACAUCUCCAGCGCCCGCAGAAAAUGCAUCGCCGCCUGCAACGACUUCAACGCCGUAGGCUCCCGCGCUGACUUCACCCGGCGGCAAAUGGUUGAGCUGUGGAAAAAAAUCAUCUGUGACGACACACCCAACCCCCCCGUCCUCGCAGACCCCAAACAGGACGAAGCCCAGUUCACCCUCGCCUACCCCUACAUUGACGGCCCCAUCAAGGUCGACAUGGGGUUCAACCUCAAGUUUGGGGAGCAAGUUUACAUCAACUACAACUCCACUUGGCUGGAUACUUGUACUAUCACCGUUGGGUCGAGGACGUUGAUUGGACCGAAUUGCUCGUUUUAUACCGCUACUCACCCGCUUGAUCCGUUUCAGAGGAAUGGGCUCAAGGGGCCGGAGGCGGGGAAGCCGAUUGUGAUUGGGGAGGAUUGCUGGUUUGGGGGGAGUGUGACUGUUUUGGGGGGUGUGACUAUUGGGAGGGGGGUUACUGUUGGGGCGGGGAGUGUGGUGACCAAGGAUGUGCCUGAUUUUGUUGUUGUGGUUGGUAACCCGGCGAGGAUUGUGAGGAGGUUGGAUGAGGCGAAGGAAAGGUGGGAGAGGGGCGAAAGGAUCGGGGAGAGUGCGUAA